UCCUGUGUGAUUAUACCUUCUUAGAAAGAAAGAUGAAUCAAGUUGUUGCAGAAGAACAUCAAGUCUCUGAGACUAUGAGCAGUGAUGAAAUUUCGGAAAUCUCAGAUGCUAUGUCUGGAAGUAACGAGAUUGUUUCAGAUCCGAAUUGUUUCCAGCACUUUGUUGCAAACGGCUUCUGUAAGAUAGAUCAAUCAAGCUUAGAGACUUGUAUUAUUGAAACAAGCGUAGCGCAGAAUUUGCAGGUGGAUAAGAGAGCAAGAGUCGUGGCGAUUCAUAAGAACAUGAACAACAGUCGGUCAUGGCAGAUUCGAGCGCACAGUUUCGCCGUUUCCAUGAAGGCGGUUGCUGAUAAGUGCGGUGGAGGCGCUAACCCCAAGUAUGCCUGGUACGGCGCUUCCUUAGAUGAGAUUCGCGAGAUUGUGACGCAUGGAUUUAGUUGGCGUAUGAAGGCCGCCGCCGAUACGCAUAGCAUCUCUCUGUCUCCUGCCAAGCAUCUGCUUGACAGUGUGUUGCGUUCAACGGUUGAUGAAAGUGGAUUGAGGCAUUUGUUGUUAUGCCGAGUUAUAUUGGGGAAGCAAGAAGUGGUGAUCGGAGAUUCAUCCGAUCAGUUUCAUCCGAGCUCGUCCGAGUUCGAUUCCGGCGUAGAUGAUAUCUCAGCUCCCAGAAAAUAUAUCGUUUGGAAUUCUCGCUUGAAUUUCAGUGUCUUCCUCUGUUACAUCGUCAGUCUUGAUGUCCCUUACUUAAGCGGGUUCAAAGAGGCAACAAUCAUGAGCCUAGGCCAUCAUGGAUAACGUUCCACACAGUGAUUUGCACACUCUCUCGGUAUUUGGAUCAAUCACGAAUGGCUUACCUCAAAAAACAAUACACA